CGCGGGGGCCGCUCGCAGCCGCCGCCGACUUGUGAAUGGGACUCCGACUAGGGCCCGGGCUGACACCGCCGCGCUCGCCCGGUGCCGGUGCCGGGGACCCACCGCCCGGCGGUCACGUCCGCCCAGGCAAGGAAACAUAAAUCUCAGACACCUAAGAUCCAGCUCAUCACUGUACAAGCUGAAAUCACCGUGCUUUUGGCUUAGUGACCCUGUGACUACAGUAAUUCCUGUUGUCUUUUGCUGAAUGAUCAAUCAGAUGGGUGGAGUGUGUUACAGAAAUUGGCAGCAAGUGUCCAAUGGGUGAAGAAGAAGCUGACUGGGGAAGGCGACAACCCCGAUGUGAUGUGCUCAGCGAGUGAAGACAUUCUGCUUCUGGGGAGGUCUGCUUGACACAUCUGGGGGCCACCGACAGAAAUACUGUGACUUAGCUGGUGUAAGGGGCGACAGCUGCAUUCUCCUGUGCCUACCCCAUAACCAAAAAUGAAGGAGAACUACUGUUUACAAGCUGCCCUGGUGUGUCUGAGCAUUCUGUGCCACAGUCAGACAUCCGCCCUGGAGCGGCGAAGCCACCUGCACCCCUCGUUCCACGGAAUCCAUGAGAAGGGCAAGGAGGGGCAGGUGCUGCAACGCUCCAAGAGAGGCUGGGUCUGGAACCAAUUCUUUGUGAUAGAGGAGUAUACUGGGCCUGACCCUGUACUCGUGGGCAGGCUGCAUUCCGAUAUUGACUCUGGUGAUGGGAACAUUAAAUACAUUCUCUCAGGUGAAGGAGCUGGAACCAUUUUUGUGAUUGAUGACAAAUCAGGGAACAUUCAUGCCACCAAGACACUGGACCGAGAGGAGCGAGCUCAGUACACAUUGAUGGCUCAGGCUGUGGACAGGGACACCAACCGACCACUGGAGCCACCGUCAGAAUUCAUCGUUAAGGUCCAGGACAUUAAUGACAACCCUCCAGAGUUUCUGCAUGAGACCUAUCAUGCCAACGUGCCAGAGAGGUCUAAUGUGGGAACGUCAGUAAUCCAGGUGACAGCCUCAGAUGCAGAUGACCCCACCUAUGGAAAUAGUGCUAAAUUAGUGUACAGUAUCUUGGAGGGACAACCCUACUUCUCAGUGGAGGCACAGACAGGGAUCAUCAGAACAGCUCUUCCCAACAUGGACAGGGAAGCUAAGGAAGAGUACCAUGUGGUGAUCCAGGCCAAGGACAUGGGUGGACACAUGGGUGGACUCUCGGGGACAACCAAAGUGACGAUCACAUUGACUGAUGUCAAUGAUAACCCACCAAAGUUUCCACAGAGCGUGUAUCAGAUGUCUGUGUCAGAGGCAGCUGUCCCUGGGGAGGAAGUUGGAAGAGUAAAGGCUAAAGACCCAGACAUUGGAGAAAAUGGCUUAGUCACUUAUAAUAUUGUUGAUGGAGAUGGUAUGGAAUUGUUCGAAAUCACUACAGACUAUGAAACACAGGAGGGUGUAGUAAAGCUGAAAAAGCCUGUAGAUUUUGAAACCAAACGAGCAUAUAGCUUGAAGGUAGAGGCUGCCAAUGUGCACAUCGACCCGAAGUUCAUUAGCAAUGGACCUUUCAAGGACACUGUGACAGUCAAAAUAGCAGUAGAAGAUGCUGACGAGCCUCCUAUGUUCUUGGCUCCAAGUUACAUCCAUGAAGUCCAGGAAAAUGCAGCUGCUGGUACUGUGGUUGGGAGAGUACAUGCCAAAGACCCCGAUGCUGCCAACAGCCCCAUAAGGUAUUCAAUUGAUCGUCAUACUGACCUCGACAGGUUUUUCACAAUUAACCCAGAGGACGGUUUUAUUAAAACCACAAAACCUCUAGAUAGAGAGGAAACCUCCUGGCUCAACAUCUCUGUAUUUGCAGCAGAAAUUCACAACAGGCAUCAGGAAGCCAAAGUCCCUGUGGCCAUUAGGGUCCUCGAUGUCAAUGAUAAUGCCCCUAAGUUUGCUGCUCCUUAUGAAGGCUUCAUCUGUGAGAGUGAUCAAACCAAGCCACUUUCUAAUCAGCCAAUUGUUACAAUUAGUGCAGAUGACAAGGAUGAUACAGCCAAUGGACCAAGAUUUAUCUUCAGCCUUCCUCCUGAUAUCAUUCACAACCCGAACUUCACGGUCAGAGACAACCGAGAUAACACUGCAGGAGUAUAUGCGCGUCGUGGAGGGUUCAGCCGGCAGAAGCAGGAUCUUUACCUCCUACCCAUUGUGAUCAGUGAUGGUGGUAUCCCACCUAUGAGUAGCACGAACACCCUCACUAUCAAGGUCUGUGGGUGCGACGUGAAUGGGGCUCUGCUCUCGUGUAAUGCUGAGGCCUACAUCCUGAACGCUGGUUUGAGCACAGGGGCACUCAUAGCCAUCCUGGCCUGCAUCGUCAUUCUCCUUGUCAUCGUGGUAUUGUUUGUGACAUUGAGGAGGCAAAAGAAAGAGCCACUGAUUGUGUUUGAAGAAGAAGAUGUCCGUGAGAACAUUAUCACCUAUGAUGAUGAAGGGGGUGGGGAGGAAGACACAGAAGCCUUUGACAUUGCAACCCUGCAAAAUCCCGAUGGAAUCAAUGGAUUUAUCCCUCGCAAAGACAUCAAACCUGAAUAUCAGUAUAUGCCUAGACCUGGGCUGCGGCCAGCACCCAACAGUGUGGAUGUGGAUGACUUCAUCAACACAAGGAUACAGGAGGCGGAUAAUGACCCCACUGCCCCUCCCUAUGACUCCAUCCAAAUCUAUGGAUAUGAAGGCAGGGGUUCAGUGGCGGGGUCCCUGAGUUCCCUAGAGUCCGCCACCACAGAUUCAGACUUGGACUAUGACUAUCUACAGAACUGGGGACCUCGUUUUAAGAAAUUAGCAGACUUGUACGGUUCCAAAGACACUUUUGAUGAUGAUUCUUAACAAUAACGAUACAAAUUUGGCCUUAAGAACUGUGUCUGGCAUUCUCAAGAAUCUAGAAGAUGUGUAAACAGGUAUUUUUUUAAAUCAAGGAAAGGCUCAUUUAAAACAAGCAAAGUUUUACAGAGAGGAUACAUUUAAUAAAACUUCAAGGACAACAAAGUGGUAAAUACUGUGAAGUACCUUUUCCCACAAAAAGGCAAAUUCUGAAGUUGUUUAUCAACUUCUCUAAAGAAAAACCACUUGGCAUACAAAAUAUUUAAGUGGAGAAGUCUACAGUGAACUCAAAGUGAAGGGAAAUCCUUUAUGUGUUAUGAACAUCUAAGUCUUUCUUCUUUUGUUUUUUAAUUUGUCAAAGAAGCUUCCAUAAAAUUAGAGAGGACAACAGUUCUGAGCUGUAAUUUCGCCUUAAACUAUGGACACUCUAUAUGUAGUGCAUUUUUAAACUUGAAAUAUAUACUAUUCAGCCAGCUUCAACCCAUAUGAUGUAUGUACAAUACAAUGUACAGUUACGUCUCUUGAGCAUCAAUCUUGUUACUGCUGAUCCUUGUAAAUCUUUUUGCUUCUACUUUCAUCUUACACUAAUACGUGCCAGAUAUAACUGUCUUGUUUCAGUGAGAAGCACCCUAUUUCUAUGUCAUUUUUAAUGUAUCUAUUUGUACAAUUUUAAAGUUCUUAUUUUAGUAUACAUACAAAUAUCAGUAUUCUGACAUGUAAGAAAAUGUUACAGCAUCACACUUAUAUUUUAUGAACAUUGUACUGUUGCUUUAAUAUGAGCUUCAAUAUAAGAAGCAACCUUUGAAAUAAAAAAUAAGAUUCUUUUUUA